AAAUUGGGUGGAAUGCCAAUAUUUGGGAGCUUGCAACAAACGUCGCGACUGACCAACGGCAUGCAGAAUGGGAUUGAUUUCGUAGCCAAUACUGGUAGUAAAAAUACCUUGUCGUGCCGCUCGAAAGACCAAUCGACCAUCGCCACUGCCCAAAUCGACAAAUGUCAGUGACUUGCUCUUGUGGAGUCUACUAACGGCCAACUGUUGUUGGAGUUGUUGAAACAUGGCAGUUCCGUGUUUCUUGGACGUUGGUAAAUACGGAGCUCCGCGGCCUCGAAUAGCGGGUGGCAAACUGAGCAGGGCACUCAGAUGGACCAAUAAGGCGACGCUGGCACCGGCGACAAUGUAGGGAUGCUGCUGAACUUUGGUGAGAAAGGAAGCAUCUUCUUGUUCUAAUACUCUGGAGGUCUUGUCGUCGUCAUUCAACGUCGAUAUGGGGGUGUCCUUCUUCGUCAUGGUGGUUUCCAUUCAUUUCUUAUUUCAAGUACGAAGUGGAGAGUGGAGAGCCAUGCAUUCUAGCUACUAGUAGAUAGCAUUCGAUGACGACGAUGGAUCUUUGGAUCUUCGUCGUUGCUUUAUGUUGUUGUCGCUUUGGAAGCAAAACCUGAACUCUAAUGCUCAGCAGGAACCAAGAAGAAGUUGGAGAAGCGCGACCAUGAGCUUGCCCAAGUUCCGAACGGCACACGCGUCUGUGUGUGGUACCACAAGACGCUGUCGCCUUCAAAUUUUCCAGCAAGAAUGCAGAAACUGGUGCAUACCACAAACACUAUCCGGCUUUUCAUUUGUACAUAAUAGAUACCAUACUAGAGAGCUUCCACUGGCUACUUAUUAUUACUUGCUAAGCUGAAGAGCAGAAAAAGAAACCUCAUUCAUUACUGUCCCAUGCCAUGGACCACCGCCAACGAAGACCGAACAACAAGUACAUCACUACGACGGCUGCAAUAAGUCUGUUGGAACUGGAAGCCUCUUCGGCAUCCUCCACUCCCAUGACUUCUCCUCAUCCCAACAACAAUAUUAGUACUGGUACUCCCCAGUAUGAACGACCCAUGGUUUCCGUCAUGAACAUGAAGCGGUCCAAAUCGUCACCACCCGCGCCACCCCGAACAUUUCCACCCGAUACAUCCUCUACUACGACAUCUCCUACUACUAGUAGUAGUAAUCCACAAGAUCAUCAACAAUCCGUGUUACCACAACAUCAUCAGUCUCCUCCUCCACGACGUCAAUCUCCAUUUGAUGCUACAUUUGAUACUACUACUACUUCGUUACAACACCAAUCUUCUCGUGACUACAAUUCCGACUACGACAAUAAUAGUUACAAUCAUCGAUUACGGAACAUUCCCAAGGCAUUCACGACGGCCGAUUUGGAUCAACACAUUUUACGCGGUCUCACACUCGCGGGCGUCGUGUUGUGUUGUCUGGAUACACUCUUUGGAUUGUUUCACGUCGAUUUGUUUUUACGGGCAUAUCAUUUGCCGUUGACGACGUACAGUUUUGGACGCAUUGUCUUCUCUGCGUGUAGUACGGCAUCGACACUUUGGGCCGUCGGAUGGUUGGAUUCGCAAGUGGCCAGUCGCAAAUUGGAUCGAUCCGAUCUGGUGGGGUGUUUGGGGGUCCUAUUGUCGAUUUCCUUUGUCUUGUUGUUUGGACGAUUCUGGAAUUCACACUACUUGCAACUGCAUGACAAAGACAGCAAUAGUAGUCUGGAAGAUGACGAUCCACAGCCACAAUCUACUACAAGCACUAGUACUAUUAGUACAUUCCAAUACUUUGGUUGGCAAUUACUGGAUGGAGCUCAUUUUGUAUUCUCCAUGACACUCUACGAUACCGCAUCGACCAUCAUGACCAUUUCACUCGCCAGUGCCGUUUCGGACGAUCACAACAUGACCGAUCAAGAACGAGUACAAAACAUGUCCUCUAGUCAAGCGUACAAUCUCAUUGCAUCGGUCAUUGUUGCCACGGUUGGAGUGCAUUUAUUCGAUACGACGGCCUUGCGGACAUUUCAAUGCUUUGUCAUGGCCAUUGCGUUCCUUUCCAUUACUACGUUUGGCACCGCACAGGGGAUCAUUUCCGGACAACAACAACAGAGACGAAACUCACCAGCGUCACCACGAAAACAACCACAACCAUCCGAGCCCUUUUGGCAAACUCUCUUCCAUCGUUGUUGCAAAGGUUGGACCGUCGCCAUUCCCAAGGAAAAGAAAACUCGAAUCUCUCAUCCACAACAACAACACAACUCUACUACCAAUUCCAAUACCAAUACAACCACAAACAACCCCAUCAAUUGGCGUCAAGCCAUGCAAGAUUUGUGGAAUCAUUCCAAUUUCCGACGAUGGAUCGUACUCGAAAUGCUGCUCGAAAUGCAAACACACUUUGUCCAAACAUUCUUCAAAACAUUCGUCGAUCAACUCCUUGUCGAUGUGCCACAUGUUGUCAGUGAUUGGUCGUUGACGCUCUUACGGCCGCUCCAACAAGUCAUGACGCUAUUAUUCUACAUUCCCAUUCGAUGGUACGGAUAUCCCCGUGUUUACACCGUCAUGAUUGCCAUCUUGUGGGGGCUGUCCAGUAUCACACUCCUGCUAGCGACACCGGCGUCGACGGCAUGGAUCUUGUGCUUUCUUGUCAUUUAUGCCGUGGGCAGUGAAGCCUUGCGAGCGGCGGGAUUCUAUCUCUGCGUCUCCGAUUUGGUACUGGAACUCAAACAAUAUCAUGCCCAACAACGACGUGUCAAUGAACCAUCGCUCGCCGGACUCCUACUCGGUGCGGCCACUCUGAUUUGCAAACCCAUGCAAUCGCUAUUGCCCAUCUUGGCGGCCACCUUGUUGGAUCUCUAUCCCUAUCGGCCACAGCAAGUCCUGUACUAUCUACUGGUGUUGCCACCCUUUGUGUGUUCGAUUCUGCAACUCUGGGUAUGGUCCUAUUUCGAUCUUCAUCCCAAACGAACGCACGAACUACGAGUGGAACUGCAAGAGUUUCAUUUCUAUCAGAGUCAAAAGGAUCAACAGAAGCUGUCAUCGAGUGACUUGAACAACCACUUGUACUAUCACGACGAAGUCUUGGUGUCUCGUCAAGACCAUCAUCAUCGGGGCGCGGAAGGUGCCUCCAAACGACGGGGACCAGCAGGAGGGAGCAUGGUGGAUGCCAACACGGGGCGCCUGACGGCUAUAAUAUGAAUUGAUUUGAUCCUUAUUAAUGGUGCAGUUGGUUAGUUAGUAAGCUGACAGCGACACUUUGCAGGUGGACGGGGGCAUUUGAUGGCAUUGCCAAUGCUACAUUUAGUUGGGCUCUACAUUAACCGGCCGCAGCUGAAGAUAGAUAGGUUGCCUCCAUUGGGGUCCACUCAACAUUUUCGAUAAAGAGUCCUACCCAUGGGAAAUAACACGAACUUUCCCUUCUCCCUGCCCAGCAACGCCACGAAGUCUCCGGGAUCAACCAUUACAGCAGUCAUGUAGUCCAUUGAAACGUCCACCUGCCACCCACGACCAUCUUCUUUCAAAGUGAAAGUGCCAUCCUCAUUGAGCCGUGCUUUCGAGAAUAUAAUGGCAGCAAACAUCUUCUUGAACGCAAGAGCUGGCAGUCUUUGCAAGCACAGCAUUUGUGGUGUGAGUUUCACCUUGCCAGUGGGUUCGAGAACUUGCUCCUCAGGAGCGUCAGCCUUUGUGGUCGAGACGGGCAGUUCUUGGUGAAUAAAACGUUCGAGCACAGCAAAAACUGUGCUGGGUGCACAAUCAAACUGGAUGAGAGUGUGACCCUCCGGGGGGUCAAAAGAGGGAUCUUCCUCUCCAAAGUCUGCACUGGUGACUCUCUUGGCUGACUUGAACUCUCCCUGAAGGCCAUUGAGAACAUAGACCGUGGCUUCUUCCAAGAUUGUGCUUUCUGUCGUUCUGCUACUGUACUACCAACUGCCGUUUGCGUGAAUUGGAGUGGUUUUGUCCUCCAAUCUGAUCCAUCGCCAAGCUUUAGAUACCAGUACCGCAUCCAGGCGGCCAUUGCAGCACACUUCUGGAGCAGCAAUGGUAUCGAUACCGAUACAGUACCAGGUAGAAAGGGCGACUCGACGCAAGUGCACAAGAAAUCGAGAGGGUUCGCUUGUAGGAUACUGCGCUGUAGCCAACGUCCCUUCAAAUGGUUCGUCGAAGAAUGACGCGAAUCAUGCUAACAGAGAGAUCUGCUAACAACAACUAGGCAACGGAACACAAAACGAGAGGAGUGCUAACUACAAGGUAGAACCACACCUGUACCGUACGCCAGAGGUGUGAGUCACCAGGGGACCCAAUGAGAUUACUAGCUACUGGUACCGUCGGCGACAUCGUGAGCAGACGGGCAGGUCAACAGCGAAAUGCACCAGAAGAAGGAGAGAAACAUUGGAACAAUGCCUAACCGAACAAACCUUUUGAUUGUUUCUAUGAGGGACCUUGCCGAGCAGAUUCAAAAAUUGACAUGAACCCUUCAUUGGAGUGCUGCCGUGUACGUGAAAAUCGUACUUGUGAAGCUUCCAAUGUCCUCAGAAGAAAGAAAAAAGCAACAAGGAGUUCUAUCAGAAGUACUUUCGGAGUGACCUGGGGCCAACCAAAAGCAAUGGACCUCGCCUUAGCAAUUUCCAUGCAAUCAGCUGACGAUCAGAUCGCAAACAUCGAAUGGGCUGCCUCUCAGCCUGCACCAAGCACUUCACUUACCGUCCAGACAUUCGGAACAAGUCCUCCCAAAUCCUAGCUUCUUUGCACCUAUAUUUGAAUCGAAUCAAUGGCCAAAGCUCCACGGUUUCAAUGAUCCGUCCCAUCCACAGUGCGCAAAACGAGAGGUAUCGCCCUUCCCACAAAUCCGAGGUUGCCUAAUCGCAGGGUUCCGUGUGCUCCAUCUGUGA